AUGUAUUGCCUCGUCAACGACACCACUGGGGAGCGCUCUCCUCCCGAGGACUUCCUGCCCAAGGUUCGCAUUGGGGGCUAUGCCGUGCGCAGCGACCCUGCCUCGGCGUAUGAGGAGCGGCAUGUCAUCAAGACUCUGGUGCAUCCCCAGUACAACACAGACGCCUCCAGCUCGGAGCACUGGGAUAACGACGUGGCGGUGCUGUUGCUCAACCAGCCCAGUACCAUCCCCCCCGUCAAGCUGAUGCGAUAUACACCCAAGCCCAACAACCCUGUGCCAGACUGGACCCUGCUAACGGUCCUUGGGUGGGGUUUUCUGUCUGAGGACCCAGCUUUCGUGGACAGCAACAGGCUGCAGAUGAUUCUUUCCUCCCCCAACUGGUCCUUCCACGCUAUGCUCAUCCGCAACCCAAGCCCCAGAGUGAAGGGCACUGUGAUGCGGCGCAUGGUGUUUGAAUGGAAGGAUCGCAUCGGUGUGACCCUCUUUGAGAAUGGCGGGCUGCAGGUCCGCGUCAACGGCAAGGUGGUGCGCCCCGGGAGCUGGAGGAAGCUCAAGGACGGGAGCCUGCGCUACAGGGCCCCCCUGGCUCGCAUGAACCACAAGAUCAGCAUCGAGCAGCCCGGCCUGCACAUCCGCAUCACCCAGUCCUUCUCCAAGCGCCACAACAUGUACAGGCCCUGGCUGGACACCUGGGUGACGCUCACCCAGCCUCCCACCACUGCCCUGGGCGGCGUGCUGGGCCGCACCCUGCCCGGCAUGCUGGCCUCCGCUGCAGGCGCCGGCUUCACCCCGAUUUCUGCCGGCAUCCUUUCCUCCCCCACCGCCUGA